CUUAGUCGUUGGAUCAUGUACAGCAGACAGCUCAUGGAAGUGCCUCUGGACUAUGCCUUACUCUACCAACUGCUGGAUGAUCUUAGUAGAGCAUGGGGUGAACAGGAAAACCCACUUUCAAGAGAUGAGGAGGCAGCCUUAGCGGAAUCUUUUAACAUUUUCUUGGAUUUCUCCCUGAAGCUUAUGCAGAAGCAUAGAGAUCUUUUCCCACCAGGAAAUACCCUGGCUCAACACAAGCUCACCCAUUUGCUCAAAUGUUUAUCUGUACUCCAUGGCCAAAAGGCUUUCAAAUGGUGCUGCCCUUUUAGACAUGACCUACAUGUUGAGAUUACAAAUAGCUUAAAAAAAGGCACUGUAGAUUGGUUUAAUACUCAGCUUGCCCUAGCCGAAUUACAGACCAAAAAGGAUUCCAAAUCGACCUUGAGAGGCCUCAUCGAUCUGAUCAACGCAUUAAAUAACGACAUCUACAAGGGUUACAAAUACUACAAUGAAGAAUUUGAAAGUAUUGCUGGUGUUUCCUACUCUGUAGUAAUUUACAAGCAACUAGAGAAAAUGGUGGGAGACAUGAUUGGCUACCGGAUCCAAGAUGCAUGCACAAAUGUGGACAUAGAACCUGACGAAAACCCGGAGUCAGAAUACGUAGCCACAGCUACAAUUAUGUUUGAAUUGUACAUGACAUUGCAGGAAUUCAUCAAAUUCAGAGAUAACUUGCCUCUUGAAGAGAAGAAGAACUUGACUCUGAUAAACUAUCACCUGUGGUUCAAAGACACUGUUCAUCAUUGGUUCAUUGUUGCCAAAGCAAAAUGCCAAAUUCGGUUGAAAAAGGCCGUUGAAUUGGAUAAGGUUACAUUUUUGGACAACUAUGUUAAGCAUAGUACAUCAGCAGUUGACACCGCGACUUGCUUUGUUCAGAUAAAAACAUUCUGGCGUCAAUUAGCUUGGCCUGAUUCAGCUGGUUCAUUCGCCUUUGUUCUGAAAGUUAUAGAAAUAAUAUGUGAAGGAACUGUCUAUUAUGCUAAAUUAUGUCAACAGAAAUUGCAGAAAAUAAUAGAUAGCGAAAAGCAGACAGACGUUACAGAACAGCUGUGUAUUACCAUGAACAACAUGGAAUACGUCUUACAGACUCUUAGACCUCUUGAAGAAGAACUGGGCGUUGAACAAAUAAUAAAGGCGCUGAAUUUAAACCAAGGUGGUUGUACAGCCAACCAGUGUCGCGAAACUAUAUAUGAUAUGCUGAACAAAUCUGAAGAUGACGUUACGGGCAAAAUAUUUAGUAUUAUUUGCGGAAUGGUUGAAAAGUUACGCCCGGAUAUGAAGAAGUUUGUUUUUCAUCUGGCUUGGGCUCCAGAGAAGUUGGACGCAGAAAGCGCUAUUCGGCCUUUAUUGGAAAAUCUCGAUACUACAUUGAGAAAUCUCUACAACAACCUUUUGCAAGCUAACUUCGACAGACUGUUGGACAUGAUGUGGACAGUUCUGAUGCAUGAAUUGAUGGAAACAGCACAAAGUAACAUUGGUAAAGAAAGAUUGGCGUUUUUCGAUCGACUAUACUCUUCCUUAGCAAUUCUUGUCGACUUCUUUCAUGGUAGUGGUAAAGGUUUACCAUUAGAUUGCAUUCAAAAUGCUCCGUAUCAGGAUCUUUUCCAUAUUCUAAAACUGCAGAAGUCUGAAACACUACAUCUGAUUGAACUUUACAUCUUACAAAGAUUAGAAGAACAGCAAAAAUUAGAUAAACCUACAUAUGGUAUAUUAACAAUAAAAGCUUGUUACAAUCCUACCGCUGAGAGUUUAUAUGUGGAUAUUCUGAAUGCUAGAGAACUUUUGCCUUUGGAUCCAACUGGUUUCAGUGAUCCAUUUGUGAUUAUAGAGCUUGUGCCACGGCACUACUUUCCAAACUGUGUUAAACAAAGAACCAAAGUCCAGAAGAAGACGCUGUAUCCUCUUUUUGACGAAGCAUUUGAAUUUCACGUCCCUUACGAGCAGCUCAAUCGUGAAGGUGCUGGACUGUGUUUUAGUGUCAUGGAUCACGACAUGGUGACAAAAAAUGAUUUCGAAGGGGAGGCCUUCCUCUCUCUCUGCAACGUUGUCGAAAUUUCCGGCGACGAAAUGAAAGACGUCAAACCAACAGAACUCUGUUUGAUGCAUCCCAAUGACAAGAAUGAAAUCCUGUUAGCUCUAGCAGCAAGAAGUUGGGAUAAAGACGCUCAGGAUUUUGUCAAGAAUUUGAAGCACAGGCGGAAUAAAGAAAGCAAAGGCGGAUGUUUCACAAUGUUAAUAAGAGAUAAGCACUGUGAUUCGGAUUAGGAAGUUCAAGAAUAACGGGAAUCACACAUCAAAUUGCAGAUAUCCUGAUUUUGAGAAGAUAAGAUUUCAUGGAAUAGUUAAUCCACAAUGUGGUGAUUUUGGAUCAAAAACAAUUCGGAAAGCGUGGAUUAAACUAAUGAUAUUUGCGUGAAGAAACACUUCCAUUUUAUAUUAAUUUAUUUCUAAUAUAUUCCACGCUUUUAUUAAAUUACAGCUUAACACUAAGGAUCUUUCAAAUUUAACAGUGGGAAUUAAGUCUCUUUCCUAGUCUUUAGCAAGCUUAAAGUCUAACAGUCUGCGCUUAAUAUUUACACCAAGAGACAUUUAGAAAUUAAAAGGGCUGAUAUUUCUUUAUUAGCUAGCAUAAACUAGUGACAUUUUUUUCUUUCAUUUACUUUCUUGCCUAAUCACAUAGCUACUAAUUUUCCAGUAAUAUUUCAAGCUUCCUAACAGCAUUGCCAAAUAUAGAAUACGUAUAUUUUAUAUGUGUUGUAAAAAUUUAUUAUUUUAACUAUUAUUACCUUAUAUACUUCGAUUAUGCUUUUAUUAUUACUAUGAAAAAUUUUUAAUAGUGCCAGUUUUGGGUGAAAUGUAAGCUUAUGCACUAUUACAGCAUGCAAUAUUUUCUGAAUACUGACAAUUUUUUUUCAAGAACCGGUACCUUACACAGAAAUACAAUUUCCUUAAUCAAUCUAUAGAAUGGUAUCUUGUAAAUCAUGUUUAAUUAUAUCAGCAUCGGUUGAAAACGUUAGGAAUACUGUCUAGGGAAUCUUGCUUACUUAUCUAUCAUCGUUAAUUGAAUGGCUUUUGCAUCGACCCUUAAGCAUAUCUGUAUCAUAAUUUACUAACCAUUUUCGGUGUACUACCUCGUUUCUGAAGUAUGUUUCGUUCAGUGUUCAACGUUGCAAAAAUACUAUAUGUCUUUUGAAUAUAAUCCCUAGACACUGAAUAAAACAGUGAAGAUGGGAAACAAUUGUUUUAAUACCCAUUGAUAUAUUUUUCAUUAAAGAUUUUUUAUACAACCCAUUUUUUUACCGUCGAUCUAGACUGAGAUUCCUUACAAAUGCAUUAAAACCUAAUGUUUCUCAACAGAUGAACUUUUAAAAUCUUCAAGCUUCAACGUUGUGCUCAAAUGCAACGUUUUGCUCAAAUGUUCUACUCAAAACUGGCGCUAUUUCAUUUGUUGAUUUCAUAUCCAAUUUGCCUCAAAAUUUAAAUGCAAAUUUAUAAUUUUCAUUUGUUUUAACAAUAAGAAAUAUUGGUAAAAUAAUCUAAAGGAAGUAAGUACUUGUUUAAGAUAAUUUCAUAUGAAAUCCAAAUCAGCAACUGCUAAAAAUGUGCGCUCUUCGACUAUUGUGAUCUAAUUUAAAUGUAUAACUGUGUGCUUCCAUUAAGAUAUAUAAUAUAUAGCGCAGUAAAAACCAGAUUAUUAUUUUUCAUGACACCUACCUCUAUAAACUGUUGUAACUAGCUCCUUCUAACUACACAAAUUACAAUUUCAGCAACCACUGGAAUUGCUUAAAAAUAGGAAAAUUGUGAAUUGUAAGCGAGGUAACUGGAACAUGAAAGUAUUUUAUAUGAACAUUUAAAGAGAAAUGCAAAUAUUAAAACUGAUUUAAUAUAAAGGCAAUUCGAAGGAAUAUAGUCUUGAUAUUUAAUUAGAUUCUCUUCCUUUAAUUCGAAGGUUGUAGAUAUGAGAUAUUUGUAAUGAAUAAAAACAAAAUAUAUAUUUUAUUUGAGAUAAAAAUUAUAUGUUUCUCCAUCUGGUAUCAGUGUCAGAGACUUCAAAGCAAUAUAAGAGACGAUCUAAAUGCUUGUUUAAUUUUACAGGAAUAAUUUAUAUGCAUAUAAUAUCCAAAGCUUAAAUAAUCAUCAAUAACCCCGUUGUUUUUCUAAAGACAGUACGUCAAAAUUAUUCAUAAUGCUCUAGAAACUUUCCUCAGUAAUUCAUCUAUUUCUAGACUGUCAAAAUGAAUGUCAUGGCGCUCAUCCGUAAGUUUUUUUUACGCGUGAUGAUGACUUUGCGCAGUUAGUAGGGCAGCCAGUCCAAUGAUAUAUUAGCUCAUCAGCCAUUUAAGCCUCGUUUGUGGAUUUACUAUUUCAUAACCGCUUGAAAGUAUGGCUCCAGGUCCUGUCUUUAUCAAAAAAGAGAAGUUUGGAAGAUCAGAAGAGAAAUUAGGAAUAUUAAAUGGUCUGAUUUUUAAGAAAAAUUCAAGUGGUAUCAGAUUAAAAAAUUUGCUGAUUGUAGAGCUUGAACCAGAUGUACUUCUAUAGCUCCAUUAAUUCAUGCAGGCUAAUUUUAGUGUAACCUUUGCAAAUAAGAUCCAUUUGUGGAGGUUUUAACUAUCAUUAACAAUAGACCAUUCUUCCGAGGAAAUGCAAAGACAUUGGCGAAAAUUUAAAGGGCUACAUAACCAAAUUUAGUACGGAAGAUUAUUAAUCAAGUACUUAAAUUAUUUCUGUGAAAUUAAGAGGAGCUUUUUUGCUUACUUAUUUCAAGUGUAAUGUUAACAAUUAUUACAUGAUCGUUGUUAAGAUUUUGCUGAUAGUUUCCCCUUAAGUUUAUGGGGAAAUAAAAGAAAUACCUUAAGUACUUUGCCAUGUGGUCUCUGUUAAAGUAGGAAAAAUUCUAAUUAUAAACUACAUAAUUUACUUUGUUCAUUUCUAACGCCUUUCUAGAGGAUAUUUCAAAUCUAUUUGCCUUAAGGCUCAGUUACGGUUACUAAUAGAUGAACUUUUAUUGAAAACAGUUAUAUUUCCUAUACAUAAUAGAUAUUCAAAGCUUGUUCUAGAUUAAUUUGCUAGAAGUUGAAUUAUUGUCCAUUCAACUGCGUACACAGUGCGUCUACUAAGUUUUAGGAUUGAGUUCUCUGAAAAUCGAAAGUUGAAGAAACACAGAACUAUUCUUACUUAUUAACAUUCAAUAUACAAUACAAUUCUGAUAAAUCUAUAAAAUAUCUGGCGUGUUCGUAUAUCAUUUCCUUGUAGAAUUCAUCAUUUGAAGUAUUAUUCUUGGUUCCAGUAUUCUGAAUCUUUUCACUGGUAUUAAAAUAUUUGAGGUGAGACUUCACAUUAGGAAAAAGAAAGUAACAAGCAGUUGCCAAAUCUAGUGGAUCAGGAUGCUCUCAUCUACUUGAAACAGCAAAGGAUGACCACUCCUGGGUUCAUCCUCAACAUUUUAGCAUCCAUCAUGAAAUUGUCAACAGCUAAGAAAAACAUUCGAUUAUGUCAAUGCUUGAUCGAUAUAUGUUUUAUUACGAAGCGUUUCAGCUCUUCUCAGCUUUCAAAUAAAUGGCAGCAGAUGUUUAUUGCAUCAAAACAAACGAUUGACUGCGUUCUAUACAAAAACAAACAUUUUAGGUAAAGCAAGUUAAGAUUUCAUAAUAAUAUAUGUUGUCAAUUGUCGUUUAGCAGCUCUGCUGGAUAUUAUUCAUAAAAUGUAGUCCCAAGACUUUGUAGACGCAUUUUGUAUUAAUUUAAUAUUAUUUCAGUUCUUAGGCAUAGUAAUACUUUACAGAAUUAUAGAAAUUAAAAUAUAAUAUUUUAACGUCAGUUCAUUAGCCCGAGGAGCAGUUACACUUUUCUAUCUAAUUAACUAAUAAUAACAAACCUUCUGCUCUGCACAAAAGUCCUUCCAUGCAAUCAGCUUAGCACAAGCUUUAUAAAGCUCUAUUGGUAAACGAGCUUGCCCAAAUAAUGCUGUGGCUUAAAUGUUUCGAUUUUUCCAUAAUGAUUAUAUUUACUGCAUUUAAAGCAUCUAUUUAAAGAAAUGUAUGAUAUGCAUAGAAUAUAUAAAUAUACAUUACAUAUAUAUAUAUAUACAUGAAUAUAUACCGAAGUGUCCGUUUUUAUAUGAUGUUAUAACUCUUGGUAUCGUUCGUCAUCUGCACAAUAUCCUCAAGAACAUUUCCGUAUCUCUUAACUGUUUAAUUAGUUAAUUUCAUUAACCUUUUUGUUAAUUCUUACAUGAAAAGACUAGCUAUAGUUGGAUAUCUCUUGUCGAAAGCCUGCCCCUCCCAUCUAUAGGUAUAAAGCAAAAGAUCUUUUGCAGUUUAAACAGAGUUUUUGCCUUUUCUAAAGCUUUUGCAAAAUAUCGCUACACUGUACAAUCGCUGUUUUGUUACGCAAAUAUUAUAUCAGAAGAAAAUGUUAAUUGUACAGAGCUUACGAAUAACCACUCUUUAAUUUUACAUUAACAAUAAUAAGCUUUAUAGGUACAUAAACAAAAUUCAAUUGUAUAUUAGGUUACGCAAUUUUAUUACAUUAUUUAAAAGUUAAUAUAUGAAAUAAUUUUCACAAAAUGAUUCCCUCGGUGUCCUGGGGUUCCAUGCUAUUCCUCUAAGGGCUCCGCCAACCGAAAUCAAAAAUUUAAAACAUGUUUUAAUACCAAGCGACCUAUAAAAUUAAUCGCCUGAACUGAUUUAUUAUUUUUUUUUCAUUUCCGUUGUUAUUUUUACUUAAAAUAAUAAAAAAUAAAUCUGUUUUUAUGAGCAAGAUUAUAAUGAAGUGAUGCUUUUCAAUGUUUCGCAUAAAUGCAUACAAUAUUGGUAUAUUUUCGAUUUUUUUUAACAUUCGGGAUUUUAAAAAUGGUAGGGAUUCCUCCAAAAAUAUUUUUAAGACACGUGAGAGUUAUCUGCCUAAGGAAAGGGAUGCCUUCGUGGAGUCCUUUUUAAAAUAACACACUCGUUUCCACACUACACAUCAGGAAAGCUAUAAAAAUCUUAAAUCGUUGCACGAUUUAAAAUCAAAUCAAACUACCGUUAAACAGCGAUCUUACCAAUCUUACCGAUGGUGGGCUUAGGAAAUCCUGGAGUUGACAAAUUUAGAAGAUUACACUAUUUUAUAUUAAAACAUUUUUCACAAGAGAUAACCAACUGUUAUGAGAAAUUUAAUUCUGGAGUAUUAAAUAUUUCUAGAAACUUCAUGCUUUAAUAAGGUAUCCAAAAACCUUAUUUUAGUAGGAAAGGUGUAAGAAUUUCUUAGAACAGUCACGAAAACAGACUCCAUAGCAAAUUAAAUUUAUGUUUUUACUCAUAUUAAAUUUAACUAAAAGUUGUAACUCAACUGUGAUAACAUAAAAUAAACUUGAAUGAUCAUUAUCAUUCAAGUUAGUUACUAUAACAGUUAAGAGAUCAUUCUCAGAAAAGUGUUUUUUGUAUGUGUUGGAUAGUCCGCUAGGCAAAACCAAGAUGGACAUAUCAUUGUCUUUCGACCCUUACCUGUUCCUUCCAGUUGUUUUCCCUCCUUGCCUGAAAAUUUUCUAUACGAUGCAACCAGAAACCAGAUAAAAGAUAUUUUCAAAUUCUUGGAAUGAAAUGCUUAUUUUCUUAUCUAUGAACAAAAUCCUCUCAUUGGACAAUCACCUGUUAUUCGAUAACGAUAGUUUAAGUUACAGCUCAUUAAUUAACUCUAUUUGAUUUGUUUUCUAAAGAGCUCAUUUGAGAUUUCCUAAUAAUUGAGCCACUUAAAGUUCCAUGUAUUUAGGUUUGGGAAAAGUAAAAAUACAAAGUUCAUUUUUAAAGACCGUUCGUAUUUACUAAUAAGAAACUUGAAUUUUAUUAAAUAAACAUAUUUAAAAAUGUUUCUUUCAAAGAAAAUAUUUUAUCCAAUUAAUUUGAAAAUAAUUUUUGCAUAAUAUAUUUUUUGAUGUUUCUAAGCAAUAAUAAGUUAAAUUAUACUAAUAUUUCUUAUACAUUUCUACUUAUUAUAUUAAUAUUUCUUACAAAAUAAUAAUUUAAAUUAUAAUUGAUUAAUUCUGUAACUUAUUUCCUGAAAAGUCUAAGUUUUAUAGUUUAGUUGUAGAGAUAUAUAUUUAUUUUUAAUAACCAGUUUUAUUUAAUUUGCUAUUCUUUCCUAUAAGCCUUCAUUUCCCUAAAUUGUCAGUGCCAGAAUAUUUAAAUUUGAUAGCGCGCGUGAAGGAAUGAUAAUUCUACGUUGAAGAAAGAGUUUAAAAAUCGAGUUUCGGUAGGAAAGAGGAAGAGUUAGGCUACUGCCGUCACCUCUGCUGUUUAUGCAUUUGCUCCCAGAGUUAUUUCUGGUUCUCGUGGCUUAAUUGCAUUUACUUGUUGCCAUUAGUUUUCGACAGGAGUUUAAGAAACGGGAUUUAACUGAGUCCUGUAGUUUAGUUCUAUCACUUUUUCAUAUCUUCAAAUUUUUAGUUUCGUUAUCUGAUUUCAGUUACCGUCCCUAGAAGAGGCGUAGUUUGUUAGCGUCGUGUUAACGCAUUGUAAAUUUUAAAGAGUUAAUAAAGGGUAUUUUUAACCCUUCUUCUGUGAAGUUACUACUAUUCCAGUUUUCACAAAACAAAAGUGAAUCUGGUGGACUCUACAGAGUAAACAUAAUUAAGCAUAAAGAUCUUAAACUGAAACUUCUCUUUCUAAGGAAGUAGUUUAUGUAGCUUUCACUAUUACCUAAAGUUUCAAAUUUUGAGAUGAUGGCUUUUGAUAGUUAGUUGGCUUAGUUUCAGCAUUUUAUUCUACAUAUUAAUUUUCUUAACUGAUUUUAUAUUGUACUACAUUCUAUAAUUUUAAAAUAGAUACUUCGAGGUCUCUCCGACCCCUCCUUUGCCAAUAUAGAAGGUUAUCAUAGUACAGCACUUAUUUUUUCCACCUCAUUUGAGACUGUAAUUCAUGUCAGCCUUCAUUUAUGAGCUUUUCAUUAAGCGAAUCACAUCAAAGGAAAAUGAAGUAGCAAAAAAGAAUUAGGAAACUCGAUCAUCUCCUGCAGCCGUCUUUACCAUGGUUAUCCAGGUAGAUAACGUAUAGACAGAGAGGGUAAAUUAGUGGGCAUGAUUAACUGAUUUACGCAAGAAUAAAUGGGGCAUGUACUUCGGACCCACAACUUUCAAAGGUCCUUCAAACUCCAACUUAUUCUAUAAUAUUUAAAAUGUGUAAAAUUAAAAUUUUUUUCACUUGCAGGUUUUUAAAUUAUUAAAUUAGGAAAAAAGACGAAAUUCUAAAUUUUAUAUUUUAUGUCAUUCUUUAGAAUUCUGACAGCGAACCGUUUUCUUUUGCAAUCUAAAGCUUGAUGUUGUUUAGAGGAAUUUCGAUUAUUAGUACACUACUAAUAAAUUAUAAUGCUAAUCGUUGCUAUUGUAUAAUUGUCAUACUGGAAGCCUAUGAUGUCAGAUGAUUAGGAAAUUCUAUGGAUUAUCAUAGGUGUGCCAUUUACUUGAUUAUUAAACCAAUAAACAUUUAAAUUCAUUAUUUUAGUCUUAUCUUCGUAAUUUACUUAAUGAAGGUUUGUAAUACGAUUGAUAAAGAUUCCCAAAGUUCUCCUAAUUCCAGCACUUUCCCUUGAAAAAGUACCCUUCUUCAAAGCAGUAUAAGCAUAAAAUAGAAAUAAUUUUAAACCAUUAAAAAGGUACAGAAAUGUGAAAUGUCUUUUUAAUUUAAAAACAUUUCAAUGAUAAACUGUAAAUUAGUACGUUAUUUUACGAAAUAAAUUAAAUAAUUUGUAUCAGUAUUAUCCACUACAGUGGAGCAAUGACAGUAGAAGAUACUCCUUUAAAUGUUGUUUUCUUCCACGAGUCUUCAGUUUCUUAACUCCAGGCCUACAGCAAAACUGAAGAUAACAAACACAUAAAAGCAAUUAAAAUAUUUAUUUUUACUUCAACCUUGACAUUUACAACUAAGGAUAUUAAAAAUCACACUUCUGUUGCUCAUUGCCCAAAAAUACAAUAUUUGUUCGAUAUUUACAAAUAAAAAUGUUAAGCCAUAUCUAAGCAACACAGGCAGCUAACGGCAAGUGUUAUUCCUCUUUGAAUUAAUAUUUUAAUUUACAUGGGACGCUAACUGGACGCUUACUGAUCGUUUUGGAUGCCAAAAAUGAUACAGCCGGGCCUAAUUAAAGGUUUAAGGAAUGGCUUCCAUUGCUAAUGCGCCUUCUUACGUAACUUCAAGUAAAAAUUUGCUCACCAAUACAGCCGGAUGAAAACAGGAUUAGUGCAUUCCGUCUCAAGGUUACCAAAUCUCUCUCUCUAAAUUUAGACUCUGGCUCAGUCUUUAAAUUGAUUGAAUUGAUUGCACUUAAGAAACAGCAGAAAUACAGGAAAGCUUCAACAUAAGAAUUAAUAUAUUAAUUAAAAUAAUCUUACAAUCUCAAGUAUUUUUAGCAGUAGCUAAAAAGUAAAUCAUAGAUCUGGUUUUUGAUGUUAAAAAAAGUUAAGCCUGACAAAUAGCGUUUGAACUAGUGUUUAUUUGUUAAAAAUAUCAUCAAAACUGCAUCAAGGAGAUUCCUAAUUUAUCAUAUACAUUAAGAAUUUAAGGCCAUUUUAUGGCUGCUAAUUUUACUUUAUUUGAAUUUAUAUUUAUGCAAAACUUAUAUUUACGCCAUGUUUAUAUUUACGAAAAAGUUGAAUUAAUUUUUACUUUUUCCAAAAAUAUAAAAUGGAACUUGAAAUGCUCAGAAAAUUUGCCGCCCAGAUCAAAGUGUUUGGGAUAUACUUAUUAUCCUAUGAAGGAUCAGAAUGCAAAAGAAACUAAGAAUCAAUCAAAUUUCAAUCAAGGGCUAUUUUUAUGUAAUUUAAAGUCAUCUAUUUUGUGUGAAAUUUCAUGUUGAACCAACUCUUGCUGUGCCCUUCGCUUUAAAUGUUGUAGGUGCCAACGGUUCUUGUAAAUACUUAACUGUUUAUUCUGCACUUAAUGCUGCCAAUCUCCUGCAAAGUAUAACUAUAUUUAUCAUGCCUGUCUUUUGUGAAUUCACGAAAUGCAUAUUUACAUAAAACAUAUAUACUGUACAUACACUUAUACCUUCUGAGAUUAUUGUGAAAAUAAAAUAUUUGUAAAUAUUGUGUAAAA